CACCAUCAGUGCGCGCGAAAGAGUAGGAAAAUACAGGUGUGUUGCACUGAUGUUGCAAAGUCGUCGUCCGUCUGUCAGUCAGUGUAAUAUUUUUUAACAAGUGAACGAAAUUACCUGGAACGGAACUUUAAUUGGUUCCUCUAUUCGCAUCAAGAAAGAACGAAAUUUCUGUUAUGCCUAGUGGUAAUCAUAAGUUCGAUUAGUGACGAUUAGGAAAACGUUUCUCGGGUGGAAGCUGCUGUUUCGAAUGUUUUGGCAGUGAAGAAAAAAGUUGCCUUGGACAACAGCUCCAUCAUCGAUCGAUUUGGUUCGUUGGCAGCGAGAAAAAGAGAAUCUGGAUUUUUUUCUGGAAACGUCAUAUGAUUGUUUGUUGGAACUGAUUACACGAAGAAGGAUUGGAUCCUGAUUCACCGUAAACAACGACGAACACUCGUAAACUUUCAAGGUCACUGCAGAAUGUCUAGUCAAAUUCCUCCGUUGGUGUGCCACACUCCGCCUCCGAUGGAUUUCGACGACGAUGACGAGGACGACGUGGAUUUGCCCGACGCGGAAGAUGAUUUCGAUGACUUUGGUUCGUCCCCUCCUGCUGAAGGGAGCGAAGGCUUGCCCACACCUGUGCCACCUCCUUUGCCAGAUUUUGAUUCACCUGUCAGGAAAAUCUGGAAAUCCCCGUCAUUGGUGGGAAGUCCUCGAAAAGAGAAAGUCAUCUCCCCGGAUCUAGAGGCAGUGUUAGAAACGACGUCAGUAUCCGACGAAACAACACCAGAGCAGCCUCGAAAUGAAAGUCCACCUUCUUUAAUAUUGUCCCAGAACAAUUAUUCCGAGAAUGACAUGCCGAGUGAUGACGAAUUUCAAGAUUUUGCUUUUCACCCACCACAAGCACAGGAAGAAUCUAGUGUUCUUCCGGAUGGAACUGAGGACAACAUCAGUCUACCUUCGUUACAUCUUGAUCCUGAGGUUUCAAAAUCGACGACUCCAGUCCAACUAUCGGAAAAUGAGACAAGCGAGCGAGAAUCUUCACCCCAAGAACUGGACCUAGAGGAACCAGUUCCUGAGUCCGUUCCCGAUCCAGCAGCAGUUACUCCGAUCGUAGCUGAAGACCCUUGCUAUCGCAACGACGAUAACACGGAGAACGAUUUUACCGACUUUACCACCGCUUCAACGAUCGAACGAUCCGCUGUUCUGGAAGUCCCAACGGCCAACGAUGUGUCGUUCGACGAAGAUUUCGCUCAACUCGAAUCAACGCCCUCGGCGGAUAGCAAUUUUGUGUCGCAAAGCAAAACCGACUUUGCCACGUUCGAUGCCGAUUUUAGUAAGUUCGACUCGUUUCCGGCAUCGUUCCCGGCUGUGGCGACGGCGGCGGCGACGACGACGACUACCCACGACGAUUCGCCGGAGAGCCCUCUAAGAGACGCUUCGACGUCCGCCAAACAGGCGACAACCGACCAUGAAAGAUCUGACGAUCUGGGCGAUAGCAAGGAUGCUGAUAUUGGAGGGGAUGAUUUCGAUGAUUUUCAGGAAUUCGCUACAUUUUCCGCCGCAGCGCACACCACCCCGAAACCAACGGACUCAAUAACAAAUCCAACGGUUCCAACCCAUGAUGACAACAAAGGUGAUUUCGAUGACGAUAAUGAUGACGAUGACGACGACGAUUUUGGCGAUUUCAAUGACUUUAAGCAACCGGAAGCGACGGCAGAGUCACCGGUGGUAUCGACGUCACGGUCGGCCCUGUUUACCCCGGAAGGCAUCCUCAGUAUCAUCAGUGGGAUGUUCCUGCCGGGUGUUACCGAAGACAACCACAAUGACACCGGUCAAGCGGCCCCGUGGGUAGAUUUACUCAAGCGUAACAAAGUCCACAACGAGCUGAACGAUAUGGACGCAACGCAAGCCCUCAGCUAUCAGUAUUUAAAUUCCGAGAGCAACAAAUCGCUCAUCCGGGCCCUGGGGAUCGACUCGAGGAAUAUCCUUUUCGGUCCCAAGUGGAACAGCUCUAUGCCACGUUUUGCGGCGAAUCUUAGCUUUAGCCCUUUGGAGCCUAUGAAACCGGUUUCCAGCGGUACUGUCAGCAGCGGUAACAGCAUACCGGUUACGACGAUUUCAAGUGGUAUAGAAGAACAAAAAGCUUCUGGCAAUAGGCCUUAUUCCUCUCAAAGUCAUCACCACCUUGCGUUCGGGCUGGAUCCAUUGCAUCCUGCUGGUGAACCCUUGUCCGUAACUGGAGCGAUGGCGGGUACUGUUCCUGCGGUGCAGUUCGACUGGAACAGCUCGGGCCUGGUGAAUCCUCUUGAAGCAUCACACGCACACACAUUAUUAUUGGACCUAGAACAGCUAGAGGUGAUGGCUAAUCUAAAAGAUAAAAUAAAUAUUGAUUCCUCCUCCUCCUCAUGUGACGCCAACGUUGCGCCAUCAUCGACAACGCCAUUACGCACGACAAUAACGGCUAACAACAACACAUGCCAUGUUACUAACCCUAAAACUGGCGGUGGAUCACUGUUGGACGAUUUGAACUUGUUCUGCUCCACAAACCCGCCAUUGUCGCUCAAACCGAUACCGCCGCAAUUGGGCUGUAUCGCCGCCGGUAACAACGCCACAACCACUUCCUAUUGUUCAACCAAUGUAAACACUGUCAUCACGACUACCAUCACCACUACUACUACUACCGCUGCUACAACUGCUGCUGUUACUUGUUGUGCCGUGAACCCUUCUUCACCAACACAUUGCUCAUUACGAUCAUCACCAUCAACCCAAACAAUACCACUAACAACAACUACAACAACAACAACGACCAACGGCACUUCGAUGAAUGGUGAUGGUAAUGCGGGCGCCACCAUUGGUAUCGCUUCCGUUACACUAAAAUCGUUUGAUGAUUAUUUGGAUCUUAGUGUACAAGAGAUCCUCCAGGAAGGUGGCGCACACCAGCCCGACAAGAAUGGGUCAAAGGGCGAAGUUUUGGAUACGAAAAUCGCAGAAAACUCAGGCACGUCUACUGCAGAUGAAGUAGUAGCACCAGCCCCCGUGCAAACGUGUUUAGAGCCUAGUAUUUUCGCUGCGGAAGAACCAUCGACCGCAUCAACGAAGACGGCAGAACGUCUAGACUCGUCGUCAUUCCACUACGGUACUUUGGGUGUCGACAACCAGGAGAACCGAAGCAAGGAUGACGAUGGCGAAUUCGAGUUCGUCGAUACCACCAGUAGUAGCAGUCGCAAUCAGUUGUAUCAGCAACCAACGUCAAUUCCUGCAAGCACAUGCCCCUCAGUGUCUGUAUCUUCUCAUGGUGCAGUGAUCUCGCCAGAGACCGCGGCUGCAUCGUUAGUGUUAGGAUUUCCUUCAGGGUCGGUGUCUUCUUCUCCUUUAACGGCGAUGGUGACAACAUUACCAUCAGUAACAUCCAGUGGCAGUGUGGUGCGGACGAUUAAGUUACCGGAAACACAUAUUUACACACCGAGCAAGUGUGUGAACCCGGUGUCUAGGGAUUCGACGGAUCGAACGGAGAUGUACGGUGAGCUUGGUGGAGGUGAUUCUCGGCUUGACGGGUUUGAUAAAAGUAUUAAAGUGCGGGAGUAUCGAGAUGUGGAAUAUAAGUUAGAGAAAGGUUUGGCAAGGAAUCAUGAGACGGCCGGUGAGAAUGAAGGGUUUGAUCUUCGAAAUUCGGAUGCGAAGGGAGAUUUUAAUUUCGUUAAUAAAAAAGACAAACAUAACAGUUUUUCCAAACCGGUCAUUGGUACAUCUCCAACGGCAGAACUAGAUCAAUUGGACGACGAUUUCAGCGAUUUUCAAGCCGCAGUACCCGUACCAGAACCAACAAAACCAAUUGUGAAUAAACCUUUGACGAAUGUGACCAGCGAGCAAAACCGAUCGAAUACUAGUUCACCGAUAUUGCUGAGCCCUUCGAUUCUUCUUCCUCAGCAGGCAAACCCUUUGCAGCCAACUGAGACUCACAAGAUAACCCAAAUCAACUGGCCAGAACCAGGAAUCGAUCCGGAUGAAAUGGCUAGAUUUGAGGCUGCUUUUCCAAAACCAAAGAUGGCUUCUCAACCUUCUUCAUCUAAUCACUCUACACCGAAGCACACCAAUGUUGUGUCCACGAAUGCAGCGGACGAUGACGAGUGGUCUGACUAUGUCUAUUCCAAGCCCACAACGGAGAAACCUUCGCCGACCAAUUCCAGAAACUCCCAUUCCAAUUCAACUCACGCCAACAGCCAGCAGGAGGAGUGGACAGACUUCAUCUACAGUGCUCCUGUGACGCAGAAUCUAUCAUCUAGUCAAAACAAUUUUAACUAUCAGAACAAUUCCUUCGGUGCAAAUAGGUUAGGCGGGCCUAGUUUCAGCUCCUGGAAUCAACAGCAGCUCCCUCCCCCGCAGUUCAGUUCGUGGAACAGCAACAACUACUACUACACACCCCCAACCAACGCUAACAACAGUGUACCCAGCUCAACCACCGCUCAGAAAGUGCCAACAUUCACAUCCGAACAAGCCCUCCCUGCGCAUCAUGCCACCAAUAUGAACAUGUUUUACCAAACGCCACAAACGGCGACGCCGUCCGUCCAAGCUCGCAGCAAGUCACAGUCACAUCACAUUCCCGGCAUUUCCCAGCUACCGGAAUUGUCCUUCAUCACGCCGAACUCGACCCCCGGUGUCAGCGGAUCCGUGUCCGGUGUGAAACCCUUUGCGCACUCCUUCCUCAACAACGUGAUAUCGAGCAACAAUUUCACCAAGAAAUGAUUGUUGCUGUACGGGGGUGGCGGUGGGGAACCCACCGAUAGCUGUCCCAACCGGCAAGCACGGAUACGCCGCUCGCACCGAAACUCACCGGAAUCGGAAGCACUGCACCCAUUCCCAGCUGCAGCCGCAGGUGUCACUGUGGGAGAUGUUAUCAUGUAAAUAGCUCAAAUCCCUUCCUUAUUUAUCCCGAAGGCCCAAACGAAUCUUGUAGAGUUGUUGAGAGUUCGAAAUAAUCGGCUCACUCCCCUUGAAACUGUCUACUUCGAAAGAAAGUUGUAAUCUGAUUUGUUUUAGGCUAAAUAUCCUACUAUAGCGAAAUUCUAAACAUUGUGGAAAAAGAAAGCUCGUUGGGUUAAAGCUUUUGCAAUUUGUUCCCCCAUCCAGAAGCAUCAUCCAUUAUUGUUUAAGUAUUCCAAUUUGUUGCAUCGUUUUUAUUCUUUAGAUUUUACGUUUUGUAAACUACCAAAAAGACAUUGUGCGUAGAGCAGGUACUUAUGCUAGAAUUGAACUAGAAAUCAGCAGCUUAAAGUUGUGUAAUUUGUACUUAACUUGUAGAUUAGAGACCGUUGAUAAUAAGUGAUAACAGUGCGAAAGACUAGAAAAUCACGGGAAGACUUUCCUUUGGAAACUUAUUGGUUGUUUAGUUGAGAUACUGAAGGAUUCCCUUACUUAGGUAAAUGUGCCGAAUGAGCUCAGCGGGCAGUUAUUUCAUUGCUAAGUUAUAUUUACGUUAAUACCGUGCCCAACCAGCAUGUGACAAGCGAAUCCAUUUUCAACAAUAAAGGGGAUUAUACAUUAUUUAUUUAGCAAAA